AUGGAGACUCCAGCAAUCCCAAUGCCGCGGGACCCCCGUGAGCGAGCUAUCCUCGAUAAACUACAGCUGGUCCGAGAUCGCCUGCUGCUUCUCAAGCAGGAUCGCACAAAUUACAUUCGAACACAGGAUGUCAUGCCUCUAUUCGAUGACACGAUGGAUCAGGUCAAGGAGCUGACUGUUGUACGCGCCGAGACAGGCGAUAAGGAGGAGAACAGAUUGGAUAAGGUCCUAGAGAGCUGCUUCCAGCUACUCUCUCUGUUCUACCUCACAAUCGGACGAAACAACGAGGCGCCAGCAACCUACGCUAUGACCUCGACAGUCAAACGACUUCUCGAUCACCUCACCGAAGCCGAACUGUACUCAGCCAAAGAUCUCGGAAGCAUUCAAUCUACACUCGAGGAUCUAUCCCAGAGCAUUCGCGAUGCCGCCAGCGACCCAUCUCCUGAUAAGCGACACCCACCUUAUAUGCUCACACUUCUUGAGAACCGCGUAGAACUCUGUCACUCAACCUUGUCGAGACUUCAAAAACGACUACAAAAGCUACCAGGUUAUCUUCUGGAAGCUCAUGAAAAGCUCAUCUCAAUCUUGAGAUCCAUUUCGUUGGCCAACACAAAGUCUAAGUUCUCCACAACGGAGGUCAAAAAGCUACGGAACCAAAUCUUGGAGAUUGGCGAGAAGCAUAAUAGUGGCACAUUUACGGCAGAGGAUGGAACUCUAGAGGAGGGAGGUGAGGUACUUCGAGACUUGUACUACCGCUGCGUCCGCUGGUCGGAUAUGGUUCUUGAAAGACAAGGAGAGGUGGCCGAACAAUGGCGACCAGUCUACGACACGCUCAUCCAAAUUCGCAAUGAUCUUGAGAAGCUUUCUCUCACACAGGCAUGGUCACUCCGGGAGACAGACCUCUACGAUUUCCAACGGCAACUUGACAGGAUCGAUGAGAACCGACAGAACGGAAACUGGGUUGACGAUCGGGGACGGCCAGCUGACCUUUGGACUCAGCGAACUCUGCUAUACCUGAUUCGACGGUCAUAUGCCUACAUCUACUCGUUCAUGCUGGCAUCCGAACCGGUGUCUGAAGCUCUAUUGCCUGUUUAUAACCAGCUGCAAACAUUGAAGCGAUGCCUCAUUGAGGUUAAGAAGAACGGUGGCGUCUCCUCAGUACGAGAGCUGUACCCUUACAGCAUGAAGCUCAACUCGCUUGAUAACAUGAAGGUGGAUGGCAAGUUCGUGGUAAACGGCGACAUCCCUGAAGGACAAGGCAGUGUCUCUGAGCUAUUGGCCGAGUGUUUCGACCUCAACUAUGAACUGAGGCUUACUGCUGAGGAGGCGGCAGAGAGCGGUGCAAACAACGACGAGGCUUAA